UUUUUAAGGAAAACUAAUUUAAAAUGAAAUUUGCUGAGCAUUUAUCGGCUCACAUAACUCCAGAAUGGAGAAAACAAUAUAUUAAUUAUGAGGAAAUGAAAGCCAUGCUGUAUGCAGCCGUCGAGCAGGCACCCUCAGCCGAACUCGUUGAAACCGAGGUACUAACCCGCUACUUUGCCAAAUUUGAUGAACAAUUCUUUCACUAUUGCGACAAGGAAUUGGCCAAAAUCAAUACAUUCUAUUCGGAGAAAAUGGCAGAGGCCACCAGAAAAUAUGGAAAUUUACGUAGUGAACUGACGGAGACUCUAGAAAUGGGUCAUGUGAAAAAGCAGCCCGCUUGGAAGUCAAAAACUCCGCUGGGUCGAAAGAAUGUACCGGCCCGCAAGCUACAGGAUCUCAAAUUAGCAUUUAGUGAAUUUUAUUUGGGUUUAAUUUUGCUGCAAAACUAUCAGAAUCUAAAUUUCACCGGCUUUCGCAAGAUACUGAAGAAACACGACAAACUAUUGACUGUGGACUAUGGAGCCACUUGGCGCAAGGAACAUGUAGAGAUGGCUCACUUCUAUACGAACAAAGAUAUUGAUAGACUUAUACAGGAAACAGAAACAGCAUUUACUCAUGACAUUGAGGGUGGUGAUCGUCAGAAGGCCAUGAAGAGAUUGAGAGUGCCGCCGCUGGGUGAACAGCAAAGUCCCUGGACUACCUUUAAAGUGGGUUUGUUUUCGGGAGCCUUUGUCGUGUUGCUAAUAACAGUCAUACUGUCCGCUAUAUUCUAUGGUUUUGGUGAAGAUUGGCGUGUGGGUAUACGCAUGUUUCGUGGACCAUUCCUGGUCAUAGAAUGUCUAUUUCUAUGGGGUGUCAAUGUUUAUGGCUGGCGUUCAUCUGGUGUUAAUCAUGUGUUGAUUUUCGAACUCGAUCCCAGAAAUCAUUUAUCCGAACAGAAUAUCAUGGAAAUAGCUUCGGUAUUUGGAGUACUGUGGGCCAUUUCGGUGCUCUUUUACAUCUAUUGUGAUCCCUUGGGUAUACCGCAGUAUUCAGCACCCAUAUUUUUGUAUACCUUAAUGGUGGCAUUUCUAUUGAAUCCCACAAAAACAUUUUAUCAUGAGGCUCGUUACUGGUCCCUAAAGGUGUUGAGUCGGGUGUUUAUGGCCCCGUUUUUCUUUGUAAAUUUUGCUGAUUUCUGGCUGGCCGACCAGUUGAAUAGUAUAGUGCCGGCCUUUUUGGAUAUACCCUUUGUGAUAUGUUUCUUUGGACGAAAUCCUUCGUGGCAUAAAUUGGGCUUAGAUGGGGGCCGCUUUUGCAUUGAGGAUAUUUCAAUUGUGCGUCCCAUAGUCGCCAUUCUGCCAGCCUACUUUCGUUUUGCUCAAUGUAUUCGUCGUUUCCGUGAUACGAAAGAAUCAUUUCCCCAUUUGGUAAAUGCUGCCAAAUAUGCUACAUCAUUUUUCGUUGUGAUUUUCUCCUACAAAUAUCAAACCACAAACAUUGAAUACGAAACAUCCAAGGACAAUCCGUGGUUCUAUUGCUGGAUUAUAGCCGCCAUUGUAUCUUCUUGCUACGCAUACACAUGGGACAUCAAGUUUGAUUGGGGUUUAUUUGAUGCCAAGGCAGGCGAUAAUACAUUUUUAAGAGAAGAAACUGUCUACUCAUCCACGUGGUUUUACUAUUUCGGCAUAGUGGAGGAUUUAAUAUUGCGUUUUGCCUGGACAGUGUCGAUGAGUUUAAUUGAAGCCGGUUAUAUGGAGGGCGAUGUCAUGGUAACAUUACUGAGUCCUUUGGAAGUGUUUCGUCGUUUCAUUUGGAAUUAUUUUCGACUGGAAAACGAGCAUAUAAAUAAUUGCGGUAAAUUUCGUGCUGUACGUGAUAUUUCUGUGGCACCAAUGGAUUGUUCGGAUCAGACCACCAUACUACGCAUGAUGGACGAGGAGGAUGGCGUUGCAAAUAGACGUGGCAAGACGAAAAUACCCAAGAAAAAAAAUGAACAUCGUAUACUUUUGCAAGCAGACUCUGUAGAGGAUCUAUGUUCAUAAAGGAAACCAGAAACAAAUCAAAGAAAACAGAACCAAAAACCAGCCAAAAAAAAAAAACAAAAACUAAAUAUAAUCCCUAUCUUUAUUAGAGUCAACCAAAGAAGAAAGGACAAAAGUAUCCUUAAAGCAAUAUGAAACUUUUGUUGUACAUAAUACUUAAUACAAGACUUUAAACAAAAAGGCACAAGUAUCUUUGUGCAACUUGUGUUCGUUGAUGUCAAUAUCAAAUUCAAAUUAUUUAUUCAGCUUUAAGUAAAAUAGUAGAAUGGAAACGGACACAAAGUUACACAGAAGAAGAACAGUUAAACAGGAAAAUGUCUUGCUUUCAUAAUGAUGUUAAAGACUUAAAUUUCAAAUCCGUUUAGUACAAAUUAACAAAAGUUUGUAGUUGUAGGAAAAUAUAUGUACAUUUUCUAUGUAUAUUUAUGUAUAUAAAUAAGUAUGUAAGUAUAUAUCUGUGUGAGUAUAUAAAUGUGUAUAUGUAUGUAUACAUCAUAUAUGUUGUGAAUGUUCUCAACUAAAAUAAAAGUUUAAUUCAUUCUAA